GCCGUCGCUUAGCUUUUGGUUUUUUGAUCGAGGAAAGCGCCUUCUCUUCUCCUUGCUCAGUAAUCUUUCCUCUUGCUAUUUUUUUUCUGAUUCCCCAUCGCCUUGCCCAUCUCCUCCUCUUCCGGAAGAGACCCUCCUCCUCUCGGGAUUUGGAUCCCACCGCCUUGGCCCGGCCGGGGUGGCACGUCACCUCGCGGUGGGUUCUGGCCGCCGCAGGACUCGCGAUGUGUAAUCAACGCGCGCAUAUUAGCCCGUCUCUGGUUGGACGUCUCCGUGGCACGGCCCGGCGUCAGGGCGGGCCAGGGCAAGUAUAAACGGGAAAACGGGGCGGGUGCAGAAGGUGGCAGUACCGCUUCAUUUAUAAGCAGUGCGUUCUAAAGAACAUCAAGCUUUCAUCCCCCAUGCCCCCCCUCCUCGCCGACCCCUCCCCUCCAUCCGACCAACCAUCCGUUCGCAACGGCUGCGGGCCGGGAUGCCCUCACCUCUCUCCUCCAGUCCCGUCCCAUGCUGCAACCACGUUCGGGCGAAUCUACAUAAUGGCCCCCGCCGUCCAUCGCCUUCCGUCGCCUUCCCGAUAUGGGAUGGCAGCUCCAUGUCCUUCGCGGCUGUAGUUGCUGCCAAGACCUGAAGCCAAGUCAAGAGUUUAUACCGGAUUUGUUGUCCAUUCUGUGAUGGUGGAGGGUUUGGAGCCCGAAGGCCGCCUUGGCCUGCUUUGGCAGUUCGCGCUGACGAGGACGGGACGGGGGCUCUCGCGGUCAUAAAUACGGCGGUCUCGGCCAGUUCGUGAUAUUGUUGUUGCAAGAGACCACCGCUCCCGGCUCUUCUCUUCAUCCUCCUUCUUUACCUCACAGAGAACUGAGCCAUCUUUGCCACUCCCUUUUUUUUUUCCCCGGCAUUCGACACAGUCUUCUCCCCACCAUGGCACCAAGCAAGAACACCUCCUUCGCCCUGGCGCUGACCAGCCUCCUGGCCCUCGCCGCCCCCGCCGCGGCCGCGAGCAGCAAGUUCUGCGAGGGCGGCAGCUGGACGGUCCUGGGCGUCAGUCAGGGCCCGCGGGACGGCCGGUUCGGGGGUGACAUCGACUACAAGUCGGCCGACGUCUUCAAGGUGCAGGGCAAGUUCCUCGAGUUCAAGGUCGACCCGGCCACGUUCGCCGUCUACGACUGGGCCUUUGUCGGCAAGGGCGACAACGUCGGCGACAUGACGGGCGGGCGCUACACGCCCGUCUGGGCCAGCCGCGUGCCCGACCACCGGGGCCUGAGCCUGACGUCGGCCAUCUCGGUCGAGCUUCGCGACGAGGUCCUCAAGCUCAGCCGGUCCGGCCCGGGCCUGUCCGUCUCCAUCAGCGCCAAGGACUGCGCCCAGGGCGGCAUCUUCCAGGCGGAGCCCGAGCGCGCCGACAACGCCAGCACCCGCUUCGUGCACACCCUGGCCCCCGGCGCCUUCCACUACGACAACCCGACCUUCCGCGCCGACCUGGGCAAGUACCUGGGCGGCGGGUGCGCGUCGGAGCAGACGGGACCCCCGGGGGACGCCUGCGUGCGCGUGAGCCCGCGCGUCAACAUCGGGCGCGACGACCGCGCCGCGUUGGUGCUGCGCGACAGCUCCCAGGUCGCGCGGCGGGUGGCGCAGCCCGGGUGCGGGCCCGACUUUGCAAACGCGCUGGGCCUGUCCGAGACCAAGGACUACUGCGGCGGCGUGGCCGUCUGGGACGUGGCCAGCGGCGGCCGUAUGGGCGCCGUCACGGGCGGGGACGCGACCGAGGUGGCCAACCCGCCCACCAACUGCCUGAGCGACUGCAAGGCCGAGAACCAGGUCCAGGGCAAGCUCGCCGUCCUGGGCUUCCCCGCGACGGUGCCCGAGGAGGUCAGGCUGACGUCGCGGACGAGCGAGUCCGGGCUCGACAAGCCGCUGGCUGUUUUUUGAAGGGAAGGGAGAGCUGUAAGUAAUGGAGGGCUGGUUAUCAGGGGGUGAUGGAGAGAUGGACGCAUGUUGGGAAUCUAACGUGACACGAUAUAGAAUGCUUAUGCCAAAAAAAAAAAAAAAAAAAAAAAGGUUGCAAAUCAAACACACCCCUUCCCCGCGCCUCCAGACCACCUCCCCGCGCACCACAAGCUUCUCCCCCAUCGGGAUCUUCCCCUUGGGCGGCGGCGUGUCCCCUACACGCCCACCAAACACCAGCUGCGCCGUCGCCUCCCAGCCCGGCCGCACGCCCCACCCCUCCUCCUUGGCGACGACCUCGCCGACCGCGCCGUUAAAGUGCUGCAGGUUCGCCCCGACCCCCUCGGCCGCCAGCGCCGCCCACACCGCCAGCUGCAGCAUGCCGCCCGACUCGGCCGCCCAGCGGGGGAACGACGCCGCGUGCGCCGGCACGUCGGCCGCCCACCUCCCCACCACCCCCCUGUCGACAAAAAACAGCACCGUCCCGGCCGCCGCGCGGUGCGCCGCCAGCUUCCCCGCCGCUGACGCCUCCCACUGCUCGGCCGGCACAACGGCCCGCCGCGCCGCCGCCACGGCGUCCCACAGCCGGUCGUGCUCGGCGCCGAGCAGCACCAGGGCGCGCCCGGGCUCCGAGUUGAAGGCGCUGGGUGUGGCCUGCAGCGCGUGCCGCACCAGCUGCGCGACGCGGCCCGCGGGGACGGGGAGGUGCUUGUCGAGGCCGUACCAGGUGCGCCGCGCGUCGAGGGCGCCGAACAGGCCCGAGGAUGCGUUUGCGGCAGCGGGGGCCGGUGUGGCGACGACGACGACGUCGACGUCGGGGUGUUUGAUGAGGGAGAGAAGAAGCGGCUGGGCGACGUCCCGAUACAGGCCCAGGAGGCCCAGGGUGGCGAGCGGGAGCAUCAGAGCCCAGACCCAGAGCGGCGGCCCUGACGACUUUGGAGGGGGCGACAUUUGAGCCUAUGCGGGACGAACUGUGUUUUUGGGGAGUGCGCAGCCGAGGGGGAAUAAAAUGCGAGAUUAUAGAAAGCCCAAGGUAAAAUGGCCAAGGUGCGUCUCAACAGAAUUUAUUUGCUUCCCCGAUUGGGAAAGUCGUCAAUGGCUCUGCGAUUUUGAUUGGUAAUCAAACCAACGUCAGGGCCGGGGUUGUUGUUCCUGGUUGACAGCACUGUGUCAUUCACGCAACAAGUCCAUGGCAAAAGGCCAAAUAUGAGAGAAUGGAUGGCUGUGGAGGACCGGCGCGGAGGCAUCUUAGUCCAAGAACAAAAGGCUGGCCCUGCAUAGCCAAGGGCAGCCCUAAGAGGGGGGGUGUAGGGAGCAGGCCCAAUACCCACCACAAGACAUCUUUUGUGUGGUGACGUGCACAGUCAUCACGCGCCGCCUUCAUGUCCUGCUUCACAACUGAUGUUUAUGCCGUGAUCCCGCCGGCAAAGAAGACUUCCGCUGUUGACACCAGGGCAAAUAAAUAUACAUGAAGCGCAUACCCCUAUCAGAAUUCCGGCCACAACGCGCGCGCUGCCAUCCACAAACAGCCCAUACCAGGUGCAGGAUAUGUGGUAACGAGCAGACAUACCGAGAAGGGAAUGAAGAAAAAAGUGAACAAAAACACAACGCGUGCCGGAGUCUCUAGCCUAUUUUUGUUCUAGUCCCGGAGCCCGACCACCGUCUUGUAAUGGGGUAGCAAAAGACCAUACCGUUUAUCAGAGAGGUGAGAGAGAACAAGGGGGGAAAAACAUGUACGCCUUGUACUCAUACUCAUACAGUCGUAGUCAUAUACACCAGCCAGGGAUACAAGUCUCCCGAGUCGCACAAGCCCCCAGAUAACAAAACCGAAAGGAAUAAAGUCGGAGCGAUGCCGUUUCCCGAGCAAAAAAGAGUAGAAAAAAUAACAAAAGGUCAUGCAGUAAAGGGAGACCCUCCGUUCAGUAAACAGCCCCAACCCAAUCUAGA